GCGACGCUCCGCCCCGCGGCCGUUGCUGCGCGACGAGCGACGCCGGCGGCCGUUGAGGGGAGGCUCGGUGUCCCCGGCGUGCCCACGAAUCCACACUCCACGCUGUCUCACGCACAGGAAGGGCAGGAGCGGGGCCUCGGGGCCCGGACACACAGCCGAACGCUGCCCACCCGCCUCAGCGGGGAGCCGCCUUUUGAGGGCUCGGAGCCUGAGGAGACCCUGCUCGGCCGCAGCUGUCGGAACCGGGACGAGCCUUUGUGAAUAGCAGGGGUGAGGGAAGGGGCUGGUCAGGCAUAGGCCUGAGGAAGAGCAUCUAUCAGCCACCUGCACCGGACCAAGACCCCUUCCAAGAACAAGACCGAAGAGGAAGUGUCGAUCAGACCCGUGCGCCGUAUCAAUCACAGACCCAAAUUCAACACCUCUGUCACCCACGGGCAGCAGAACAAGCCUCUUGCAACCUGUAGGUGUCAAAAAUAAACAUACGCACUGGGACAAGACUCUUAUCAGGCAGAAGACAGCAAAGCAUGGAUCAGUUGCACGCACCAGGAUUAGACUCUUACCAAACACAAGAUCCCUAUCAAGCCUAUGAACGUGGGCAUGGCCCCUAUCAGCCACAUGAGCCAGGUUAUGGUCUCUAUCAGCCAGGAUACAGUCCGUACGAUGAUCAGAUGCCCGAUCUCAAUUCCCAAAAGCUGGCAAUUGAAAAUGCAAAAGCCUAUUUACUGGAAAGCAGCACAGUAUCUGGCCUGAACUUAUAUGAUCAUCUUGCUAAUAUGUUAACAAAGAUCCUGGAUGAACGGCCCACAAAUGCAGUAGACAUAAUUGAGAAUAUCAGCAAGGAUGUGAAAUGGGCUCAGUUUCAGAAAAAAAUGGACACUCUUCGAGAUGAACAUGAGAUUCUUCCAACAUUUGAAGCUGCAGAAAGGCGCAAAGCUUUGUUCCUCAGGGCAAAUGGAGAAGGAGCUGAAGAACUUGAAGACGACAUAGGAGAGACCCCUCUACCUAAUGUGAUGGAAACAGCCUUUUAUUUUGAACAGGCUGGAAUUGGCUUGAGCAAAGAUGAAUCCUAUCACAUAUUCCUCGCCCUUAAAAAUCUUAUUACUGUUCACCCAAUCCAGACCUGUCGCUUUUGGGGCAAAAUUUUGGGCUUGGAGAUGAACUAUAUUAUAGCUGAAGUACAGUACCGUGAUGGGGAAGAGGAGGAGGAAGCAGAAGAGGAGGAAGUUACUGAGGAAGGAGAGAAAGGGAUGGGUGAGCUUGAAGAAGAAGAUGAAGAUGAGGAGAAAGAAAAAGAUGAGCCACCAAAGUCUACCUAUAAGCCCCCACCUGUCAUCCCAAAAGAAGAAAAUGGGACUGGGGCUAAUAAAUUUAUCUACUUUGUCUGUAAUGAGCCAGGCAAACCCUGGGUGAAGUUGCCUCCAGUGACACCAGCCCAGAUUGUCUGUGCCAGAAAAAUCAAGAAGUUCUUCACCGGUAGGCUGGAUGCUCCUGUUGUGAGCUUUCCUCCUUUCCCCGGAAAUGAGGCCAAUUACCUGCGUGCACAGAUAGCUCGGAUCUCGGCAGGAACCCAGAUCUCUCCCAUUGGAUUUUACCAGUUUGCAGAGGAAGAAGGAGACGAAGACGAGGAGGGAGGAAGAGAUGCAUAUGAAGAAAACCCUGAUUUCCAGCCUCUUCCUGUGGCUGAAAUGGUGUAUUCUCUCUCCUCAUGGGUACACCAUGUCCAGAGCAUUCUCAUGCAGGGUCGCUGUGUUUGGCUUAAUCCUAUUCAAAAAUCAGAGGAAGAAGAAGAUGAGGAAGAUGAAGAUGAGGAGAAAGCAGAGGAGCCAGAGGAACUACAGCAAGAAGUAGGACCUCCUCUUCUCACUCCACUGUCUGAAGAUGAAGGAAUUCAAAACAUUCCUGCUUGGACAGCUCAGCCUUCUACAAACCUGAUCCCACACCACGCUGCUGCAGUCCUGCAGUCUAACCGAUGGCCCGGAGCAUACGCCUUUGCAUGCGGCAGGAAUUUUGAUAACAUCUACUUUGGCUGGGGUCACAAAUACAGCUCGGAGAACCACAGUCCCAUGCUGCCUCCGCCGGUGCAAACGGAAUACCCCAGCGGGCCCGAAAUCACCGAGACAACAGACCCCACUGUGGAGGAGGAACAGGCUUUCAAGGCUGCGCAGGAAAAGGCCUUGGCUGAAGGCGAGGAAGAGGAGGAGGAGGAAGAAGCUGCUGAGGAUUAUGAAGAAGAGGAUGAUGAUUAAAAUACGGGGGGAAACAUGUUUUUAUUUUAAAAUUUCAAACAUCAAUAAUAUUUUCAUAAAUUAGUCCUUAAUGAGUUGGUCUUUAAAGAAAUGCAACUCGA